AUGAGCGCUUCCCCGCUAAAGACCACGACGGUGGAGCAGUGGCAGCACAUGCCCACAGUCCAAGGUGCCGCUGUUUUGUCUCCCUCAGUGCGCAUCCCCGCAGCAGCAGUUCCUCUGUAUCGCCCCCAGGCAACGGCUGCAGCAGAGUCUACCGCAUCAGGAGCGCAUGGAGCUCAGGAGCCUUGCUCAAUGCACUGGGAACCAUCGCUGCUGCAAAGGUUUUGGCAAGAAGCCGCAUACGGCGAGCAGCAACUCGAGUACAUCGCUGCUCUUUUUUCUCGCCUGCAUCAAGUAGACCAGCUGCUGCGCCCCGCAGAAGCGGAUGCUGUUGGAGCCAAUACACAUACACCCACUGCAGCAGCAAUUGCAGCAGCAGCCGCAGCAGCAAGUCCAACUCCGGCAACUAUCAGCGCAGCAGAAGUCGGAAUGUUUUGGGCAGCAUAUGCCGCCAUGGGGGAUGCGCCUUACUGCUGCUGUCUUGCCGCAGUGAGCAGCAACUGCAGCAGCUCCAACAACAACAGCAGUGGCAGCAGUUGCAAAAAGAACUGCUGUUUAGAGCGCUUGGCUCGCGUGGCUGCUGGGGGAGAGGGCAGAAUCAGUCUCUUGGUCUUUACGCGGCUUGUGGCUUUGCUGGACUGUCAGACAGCGCAUGAGGCUGGAAAAGCCUCAGGCGCUCUCCGACUGCACCUCGUAUUCUGCUUCUUUGCGGAUGACUCGGUGUGCGUCUACCAGCAGCAGCACGAGCAGCAGCAGCAGCACCAGCAGGAGCAGCAGCAGCAGCAGCAGAAUUGCCGGAGAAGGGUUCCAGUGUGGACGGAGAAGAGUUACGCUGCCUUUAGGAGGGCAAUGACGCUUUCUCACGCCGUUGAUCCUGCGAAGUCGCAAAGUCUCCCUGUCUCCCUUCGAGAAUGUACCGAAGCGCUCCGUUGCUCGAUGGGACCGACAAUGAUUUUGGAACCGCAGUUUGUUGCUCUCAUCAGAAGCAAUGUCAUCAAAGGCACCUCCCGCUUCUUCAGGAUAUGCCUUUUUAGCGGGAGUGCCGAUGCAGCACCAGAACCCCUCUUCGGCUUGGAAGCUUUGCCGUAUCCUCCAAAAGUCAUUCGAUCGACGCUGACGCAGCCACCCCUACAUGCUCCUCGAGGCACCAGAUUAUCAGCACCAGCUAACAGUGCUGUCUUAAAUGGGCUUACUGCGCCUGUGCUGCCAUUCUUCCCCGAAGGGUCUUCCCCACCGCCCCCCCUCGCCUCCCUGCCGAUGCUGCACAAGAAUAGGCAGCAGCUGCCACUACUGGAGUGGCAGGAGGCGACAAACCAGGGGAUGAUGCUGCAUGCCCCCCCUUUGUAUCCCCUGCAGUACGUGCCGCCUGGCCAGGAGCACCUGCAGAUGCAAAGACAGCCGCAGUUCUACUAUCCGCCUCAGGAGCCGUCCUUGCAUGCGGCUGGAAUAUCGAAUGGAAUCGGUGGAAGCGCUGGCAGUCCUUUGCUCGAGGGUGGUGCCAGCCCUCUCCAACUGCCAACGCAGCCGCAGCAGCCUCAGCAGCAGCUCUUUCAGCUCACAGAUGAACACAUAGGCCAGCAGGCAGAGGCUGAGCAAGAACUCGUACGACUGCAGCUCCAACUGCAACAGCAACAGCAGCACCAGCACCAGCAACAACAGCAGCAGCACACCUAUGUGACGGUCUCAGCAGACGCAGCACAGCUGCUGCAACAGUCGCCGCCAUCCAUGAUGCUCCAGCCACAGACAAAUCUUCUGCAACAAAUGUCGCAGACACAGCACCAGCGGCAAGAGCAGCACGUCUGGCCUUCCUCCGACAGUUCCGCAAACGGCAGCUCCAGCGACGCGGUCGAAUUGUUUCUGCUGCAGCUGCAGCACCAGCAGCAAGAGCAGCAACACAUGCAGCACCAGCAGCAAGAGCAGCAACACAUGCAGCACCAGCAGCAAGAGCAGCAACACAUGCAGCCCCAACGGCUGGUAAGGCAGCCGGAGUCGCUGCCACCCCGCACAGACCAGUUGCUGCAUGCAAUAUCGCCAGCGCAGAUCCCUCAGCAGCAGCAAUUUCCGCUGGUCCAGCAGCUGACCGUUGCCUCAACAACGGCUGCCCCCGAAACAGCUGGCAUCCCGUCGCUGAGCUUGACCAUUCAAAGGUUGGCUCCUCUGCAGGCUUCUCAGCAGAAACAACAGCAAGAGCAACAGCAACAGCAACAGCAACAGCAACAGCAACAGCAACAGCACCAGCAGGAGCCUCAGCAGCACGGGGGAAGUAGCACGCGGCGGUCUAUGCUGCUUCCCCUAGAUUCUCUUGCUUCGUUGAGCGUGGUUGGGAGUCUUUCGCGAACUGCGGCGUCCCCUGUUACUGCGACAACGACAGCUGCUGCAGCGGGAAGCGCGCAACAGGGGGCAGCAGCCUCGCGGCGGCUGCUUUUGAGGGCACACAGCAGCAGCAGCUUUACUUCCUUCAGCUUGCAGGAGCCGCAGCAGCAAAGUCUCCCACGACUGCACUCUGUCACGCGAGGUGUAUCGAUUAGCAGCAGCAACAGCAGCAGCAGCAACAGCAGCAGCAGCAACAGCAGCAGCAGCAAUAGCAGCAGCAGUAGCAGCAGCAGCAGUAACAGCAGCACCACCGCCAACAGCAGCAGCCCAGCAGGAGGAGGAGCUGCUGCUACAGGUUCUGUGACGAGCGGCGUGCCUGUCUUGCUGCCCCUUCCUCAAGGAAGUGCAGUUGGACGCGCAGAAGCAGCAGCAGCCUCCUCGGCAGCACCUGCACCUGUUGCGACCUCUGUUGAGAAGCCUUUAUCUAGAGAGCCUUCACAGGAUCAUCAACCGUCCACUACAACGUGCACCAGGGAGAGCAGCAGCAGCAGCAGCAACGGGUUUGCCCUUCCCGACCUCCCCGUCUUCCAGCCACAGCCUCUUCUGAGGAGGAGUCGCAUGACGGAGGGCGCUUCUCCUGCUGCAACAAUUGCAGCACUUCUGGCUGCCAUUCAACGAGAAUGCGAGGAAGACUUGACGCUGCUGCAACUUCGGCAGCAUCAGAGGGGGCAGCAGCUGACGCCUAGAGGGGAAAAAACAUCGCCUCCGGCGGCGCAAGAAGCACAAGAACCAGAAAAAACGGUGCAGUGCUGCCUCAUCAAGGAACCAUCUGCUCUGUCUCCCCCUCUAAGACCCCAUGGACCUUCGGAAAAGCAGCAACUCACCGACAUGGUGCCUUUGCAGCUACCGACAGCCGCCACAGCAGCCGCAAAGCCUCUUCAAAGUACGAAAAUUCCUUUCGGUAGUCCAAGGCUCUCAGUAAAGGCAGAGAAGCAGUCGCAGGCAAAUGCAGCAAAAGUAUCAACGCCUGCAAGCUCGUCUGGAGUGAAAUCCGGAGCAGCAGGAACCGCGACAAAGGGGCUGUCCUUCCACGAGGAACUGCGGCAAAGACUUCUUAUGCGCGGAGGGCCUCUCGAGCAGCAGCAGAAGCAGCAGAAGCAGCAGCUUGCCAUGAAACAAGGCGCCACCACACCUCCGCUUUUCAGCCCCCCUCCGGCCCCCUCUGCAGCGGCUGUGCCUGCCGCAUGCGCUCAGCAGGAACAGAAUCAGGGGGGGAGAAAGACUGAAACAUCGCCGAGGGCAGCGGCAACAUCAGAAGUGCUCAGUAGGGUGACGGCAAAAGAAAUCCUGUUGCCUGCUGAGGAGCGCCCCCCCCUCCAAACGCCGCUGCAGAAAGGGCAGCAGUCUAAAGAGGAGUCGUCGCGGCAUCAGCGGACGGAGAAGGCCAAACAGCACGCCUUUUCGAGUCUAGCGGAUGCGAACUCUGUGUCUUUGUCGGACGGCACUGCAAGGCAAGACGCAGAGUCUGCUGGUGAUGAAUGGGUAAUCGCAGCCGAGGCUUCCCAUGCAGGCUUUAGCCUGAUCUCUUCACGAGAGCAGAUAAGCUGUUAUGAGCCACUUGCGGCAGCAGCAGCAGCGGCCGCUGUUGCUGCUGCCCAACAAGCGGCAACAGUGCAGCCUCUCGUUGCAGCGGCUGCUGCUGCUGCUGCUGCAGAAGCAGCUGAGGCGGCAGGGCGUGGCACUCCUCGUGAGACAGCUGAAUGCGCUGCACAGCUGGCACGCACAGCUGCUGCUGUCGCCGCAGCAGCAACAGCAGAUGCAGCAGACAUUCGCGAUCCCGAGGCCGCAGAUCCAAGCUGUAGCGAUACUGAGGGAGAAGAAAGCUUGCUACCCUUUUUUACAAGGCAACAACAGCGUCCUAGCGCAACGUCGACACCUGCAGAAACAGCAGGAAAUCCCUCAGUGUCAGAAGUGAGGGGCCUCACGGCCUCUACGGAGGCUUCUGCUGCCAGCAGAAGCAGCAGCAGCGGGAGAAACUGCAUCAGAAAGAGCAUACGGGAUUGCAGCAGCAUAAACGGUGACGGCCUGUGCAGCAGCUCUCUCGAGGCUCUUGCACUUACAGCCUCCUGCAACUCUUCCCCCUUGCAGAAGGCCGUCAUCCCCACUAGCUAG